CCUAGAGGAUGCUGUGGUGGAGACAGCCGAGGAGGCCACGGAGCCGGACAUCAUGGGGCUGUGUCAGGAGCUGACAGCUACCAGUGAAGACUAUAAACUUCUGGAAAAUAUGAACCAACUGACUAGCCUGAAGUAUCUAGAAAUGAAAAAUAUUGCAGUAAACAUAAGUAGAAACCUAAAGGACUCAAACCAGAAAUCUGCAGCACUUCAGCCUUAUCUGCAUCAGAUCACUUUAACUGAGGAGCAAGUAGUAGCUCUUGAGCAGGCAGCUUAG